GCAUUGUAUGUUUGAAUGGCUGCAUUUGAAAUACCUAAUUCUUUCAGGUUUAUUGCAUGUUUCCUCACAUUUAUUCUCCAUAUUGUUAAGGUGAACGUCCCGAAGACCCGCAGAACCUUCUGCAAGAAGUGUAAGAAGCACCAGCUCCACAAAGUCACCCAGUACAAGAAGGGAAAGGAUUCCCUCUAUGCACAGGGUAAGAGAAGAUAUGACAGAAAGCAGAGUGGGUACGGUGGUCAAACGAAGCCCAUUUUCCGUAAAAAGGCUAAGACUACAAAGAAAAUUGUGUUGAGGCUUGAGUGUGUGGAGCCCAACUGCAGAUCCAAGAGAAUGCUGGCCAUCAAGAGAUGCAAGCACUUCGAGUUGGGUGGUGACAAGAAGAGAAAG